AUGACUUCUACCGUAACACACACCGUCACUUGUUCUGACUCCGAGCCCACAGAGUUCAUUUUACCUGACUUCUUCAGCAAUUGCCGCUAUCCCAUGCGACUAAACCCUCACCACGAUCAAGUAUCUUAUGCUUCUGAUCAAUGGGCUCGUAGCGAAGCCAAUCUACCAGAAUCCAAGGCUCUCAAAUAUUCUACGUUAUUGCGCCCAGCUUACUUCGCUUCAUCUUGUUACCCUGAUGCAGAUGCUUUCCAUCUCAGAGUCUGUGCGGACUUCCUGUGCUGGACGUUCAUAAUAGACGACUGGCUCGAGCUCGAUAAGUUUGAAGUCAAUGAUGUGUUGGAGAUCCGUGACUGCUGCAUAUCUGCGUUCCGUGAUCCUGUCAACUUCCAGACGGAAAAUCAUAUUGCAAAGUUGUGCAAAUCAUUCUUCAGCCGUUUUAAGGAGACUGCCGGCCCUGGCUGUACAGAGCGCUUUAUCCAGAGAAUGGAGUUGUGGUACACCUCUGCGGCAAAGGAGAUGGACAGCCGCGCCAAGGGAUAUGUCUAUGAUGUUGAAUCUUACAUCGAAUUGAGGCGCGACUUGAGCGGCUGCAAGCCUUGCUUUGCCUUUAUAGAAUUCGCCUGUCAGAUUGAUCUUCCCGACGAAGUAAUGUCGCAUCCGGUCAUCAUAGCCCUGGAGGAGGCUACCAAUGACUUCGUUGCUUGGUCAAAUGAUAUUUUCUCCUAUAAUAUGGAGCAAUCCAACCAUAGUACGCGUAAUUUAGUUUAUAUCCUCAUGGCCAAACAAGGUCUCGACCUGCAAGGCGCUGUUGACUACUGCGGCCGGCUAUGCAAUAUCUGCGUCCAACACUUUGAGGAAAACCGUGCUAUCCUCCCCUCGUGGGGAGAAGAAGUUGACAAGGAUGUGGCUAUCUACGUCCAAGGACUGCAGGACUGGAUUGCCGGUUCGGUUCAGUGGUCCUUCGAGUCCGCCCGCUAUUUCGGGAAGGAUGGGCAUAUUGUCAAGCGGAACAGAGUCGUCAAGCUGUCUCCCAAGCGAUCAUUAUGA